ACGAUCAAAAGGAGUGGUUAUAACGGCGUGAUAUAACCUCUUAGUUGUUCGUGCAACCUGUCAUCGUGACAAUGUAGAGAAGUGAUAUAGAGAAAUGAAGCUUAGAUGAUCUGACACAAUCCAGGUUUACGCUUCCCGCCCAUCGUAAUUAUGCCAUAAAUCGUUCUUUUGAUGGAUUGUGUUCAAAGCACUUACAAAAUUGUGAUACGACGUCGCGUAUUAUUGUCAACAAUACGAUCUCGAACGUAGAAAAAAACAAAGGAAAGUCGCGCUUUCCCACCUGCAUAGUUAAUUCUUUUCAUCAACAAUGGAGAAGCGAAACGUUCUAUUUAUCUACUGCGCUUUUAUUAUUCUUCAAGAUGUUUAUGGACUUCACAGAAGCUUGAAAUACUACGAGACAAUUCACAGCACUCACUUUCAACAUAGGAUUGUAAAGCGAGGCAUUCAACAUAGUUAUCACCCAUAUAAUAAAAUAAGUGAAUUGGAAUUUUAUUCACAUGGACGACAUUUCCGGUUGAUUUUAACACCCAGAAGGGAAGUUAUACAUUCAAACUUUAAGGCAUAUGAGGUAGAUGCCGAGGGAAAAGAGAAAACUAUACAUUUAGAUCACGAUAAUUUUUAUCACGGCCGAGUUUUUGGAGAAAUUGAGUCUCACACUCAGAUGCACAUUGAUAAUGGGGUUAUGACAGGUAGCAUAACAAUUGCAGAUGAGACCUUUCAUAUUGAACCAUCCUGGAGGCAUCUUCCUCAGUUAGAUAAUCAAACGAUGAUCAUUUAUAAAUCUUCUGAUGUUAAACUCAGCUGGGAGCACUAUCAAGAUGGAGAGGGCCAUACGCACGGAAUUCCAAAAACUUGCGGUUAUGUCAAGGAAGACUUAAAUUAUACUCUGAAUGACAAUUCUGAAGAGGAUAUUAUGGAAAUGGACAAUAGUAAUAGCAGAGUGAAGCGGCAAACAGAGACUUACGAGUAUACACCAACGAAAACGAGAUGCCCAUUACUACUGGUCGCUGAUUAUCGAUUUUACCAGGAAAUGGGCGCUAGCAGUACAAAAACAACAAUUAAUUAUUUGAUAAGUUUGAUCGAUAGAGUACAUAAGAUUUACAAUGACACUUUAUGGCAAGAACAUCAAGAAGAGGACGGUUUCAAGGGGAUGGGUUUUGUCAUCAAAAAGAUCGUUGUUCACAGCGAACCUACUCGAGUACGGGGUGGUGAAACUCAUUACAAUAUGGUUCGCGAGAAAUGGGACGUCCGUACAUUGCUCGAGGUAUUUAGUCGAGAAUAUAGUCAUAAGGAUUUCUGCUUGGCGCAUUUGUUUACCGAUCUUAAAUUCGAAGGUGGUAUCCUCGGAUUGGCUUAUGUAGGAUCUCCUCGUAGAAAUUCAGUGGGUGGUAUCUGCACACCAGAAUAUUUUAAAAACGGAUAUACGUUGUACCUGAACUCUGGACUAAGCUCCAGUAGAAAUCAUUAUGGGCAAAGAGUAAUUACAAGGGAAGCUGACUUGGUUACAGCACACGAAUUUGGUCAUAAUUGGGGUUCCGAACAUGAUCCAGAUAUCUCAGAGUGCAGUCCAAGUGCGAGCCAAGGUGGAUCCUACUUAAUGUAUACCUACAGUGUUAGUGGCUAUGAUGUAAAUAACAAGAGAUUUUCUCCAUGCAGCUUGCGAUCUAUCAGAAAGGUUCUACAGGCCAAAUCUGGGCGCUGUUUCUCAGAGCCAGAAGAAUCGUUCUGCGGUAAUUUGAGGGUCGAGGGUGAUGAAGAAUGCGACGCAGGUCUCUUGGGAACGGAAGACAAUGACUCGUGUUGCGAUAAAAAUUGUAAGCUUCGAAGUAAUCAAGGAGCAGUUUGCAGUGACAAAAACUCGCCUUGCUGUCAGGGCUGCGCGUAUAUGCCUGCAGGUGUGAAAUGUCGUGAUGCGCAAUACGCCACUUGUGAACAAGAGUCGCGUUGCACCGGUGCAUCUAGCGAAUGCCCAAGAUCUCCUCCGAUGAAGGAUGGGACCGGUUGUCUAGAACGUGGACAAUGCCGCCUAGGCAAAUGCGUACCAUACUGCGAGACUCAAAAUUUACAAAGCUGCAUGUGUGAUACCAUUGGCGACGCGUGCAAAAGAUGCUGCAGAAUGAGUUUGAACGAAACGUGCUUCCCGAUAGAUCCACAGGACAUUUUACCCGAUGGAACGCCAUGCAUUCAAGGCUUUUGCAACAAAGGUGUGUGCGAGAAAACGAUUCAAGAUGUAGUGGAACGAUUCUGGGAUAUUAUCGAGGAUAUAAACAUCAACAAAGUUAUGCGCUUUCUGAAGGAUAAUAUAGUGGGUGCCGUGAUAAUAAUUACCGCCAUCAUAUGGAUACCAGUGAGUUGCGUUAUCAGCUAUAUCGACCACAGACUCGUGAAGGAGAGCGAGAAGAAGUGGCGGUGGAAACAUACAGAUGAACUCAUUCAUCCGGACGAGCCGCGACAAGUCAUUUAUGUAGGCGGUCAGCGACAAAGAGUGCAGCACGUCAUGCAUCAAUCGUGAAUUUAUAGAUCGUUUACGUAUUUCGAUAUCUAGUCAAAUCUAUAUGAAGUGAUAUAUAUAUUUGCUUUGAAAUGAUAAAAAUAUUGUGAAAAUCUCUCCCUUCUAUGUUGUAUGUACACAGCUUCUGUACGUACUUUUACAUAAUUUCUGUAAGAACGAAGUUUUGUAAUUGAAUUGAACGAUCGAUACAUUCCUGUAGUUAAAAAAGUUAGAAUUUAGGAAUUAUAUACAUGUAUAAAGUUUUUCACUACCGUAUUUUGAUACUACGUAUAUCAAGUAUUAUAAUCUCUUUGAAGUAUUACUUCUCUUUAAAGUUGGCACUUGCUACUUAUCAAGAUACAACUGCCAUGUUACUUUAAUAUAUUAUAACAUUUAAAUCCAUGAAGAAUUAAGAAUGAAAAGAUUUGCUUUAACCAAAUAUUGUACAAUUUACUUACUUAAACAAUAUUUUAGCAUUGUGAUGUACAAUUGUAAGUAUUGUAUAUGAAAAUAGAAUAGUCAUAUAGAAAUCUGUAAUGUUUAAAAAAUAAAUCUAAAAAUAUUUCAAU